AUGACAGAGCAGCCUGAGGAGUGGGGCCUAUGGUGCAGGAGGCCAAAGCAUGGGUCUCACAGGGAAGGAGUGAAGGAUUGGGGCCCCACAGCGGAGGAGGCCGGGGGAACGGGGCCCCACAGCGGAGGAGGCCGGGGGAACGGGGCCCCACAGCGGAGGUGGCUGGAGGAACGGGGCCCCACAGCGGAGGUGGCUGGAGGAACCGGGCCCCACAGCGGAGGUGGCUGGAGGAACGGGGCCCCACAGCGGAGGUGGCUGGAGAAACGGGGCCCAACAGCGGAGGUGGCUGGAGGAACGGGGCCCCACAGCGGAGGUGGCUGGAGGAACGGGGCCCCACAGCAGAGGUGGCUGGAGGAACGGGGCCCCACAGCAGAGGUGGCUGGAGGAACGGGGCCCCACAGCGGAGGAGGCCGGGGGAACGGGGCCCCACAGCGGAGGUGGCUGGACGAACGGGGCCCCACAGCGGAGGUGGCUGGAGGAACGGGGCCCCACAGCGGAGGUGGCUGGAGAAACGGGGCCCAACAGCGGAGGUGGCUGGAGGAACGGGGCCCCACAGCAGAGGUGGCUGGAGGAACGGGGCCCCACAGCAGAGGUGGCUGGAGGAACGGGGCCCCACAGCGGAGGAGGCCGGGGGAACGGGGCCCCACAGCGGAGGUGGCUGGACGAACGGGGCCCCACAGCGGAGGUGGCUGGAGGAACGGGGCCCCACAGCGGAGGAGGCCGGGGGAACGGGGCCCCACAGCGGAGGUGGCCGGAGGAACGGGGCCCCACAGCGGAGGAGGCCGGGGGAAUGGGGCCCCACAGCGGAGGUGGCUGGGGGAACGGGGCCCCACAGCAGAGGAGGCUGGAGGAACGGGGCCCCACAGCGGAGGUGGCUGGAGGAAUGGGGCCCCACAGCGGAGGGAGCUGGGGGAAUGGGGCCCCACAGCGGAGGUGGCCGGGGGAACGGGGCCCCACAGCGGAGGUGGCUGGAGGAACGGGGCCCCACAGCGGAGGUGGCUGGAGGAACGGGGCCCCACAGCGGAGGUGGCUGGAGGAACGGGGCCCCACAGCGGAGGUGGCUGGAGGAACGGGGCCCCACAGCAGAGGUGGCUGGAGGAACGGGGCCCCACAGCGGAGGAGGCCGGGGGAACGGGGCCCCACAGCGGAGGUGGCUGGAGGAACGGGGCCCCACAGCGGAGGUGGCUGGACGAACGGGGCCCCACAGCGGAGGUGGCUGGAGGAACGGGGCCCCACAGCGGAGGUGGCCGGAGGAACGGGGCCCCACAGCGGAGGUGGCCGGGGGAACGGGGCCCCACAGCGGAGGAGGCCGGGGGAAUGGGGCCCCACAGCGGAGGUGGCUGGGGGAACGGGGCCCCACAGCAGAGGAGGCUGGAGGAACGGGGCCCCACAGCGGAGGUGGCUGGAGGAAUGGGGCCCCACAGCGGAGGGAGCUGGGGGAAUGGGGCCCCACAGCGGAGGUGGCCGGGGGAAUGGGGCCCCACAGCGGAGGUGGCUGGGGGAACGGGGCCCCACAGCGGAGGAGGCCGGGGGAACGGGGCCCCACAGCGGAGGUGGCUGGAGGAAUGGGGCCCCACAGCGGAGGGAGCUGGGGGAAUGGGGCCCCACAGCGGAGGAGGCCUGGGGAAUGGGGUCCCAAAGGAGAGAAGGCUGGGGGAACGGGCCCCACAGAGGAGGAGUCUCAGGGAACGGGGCCCCACAGUGGAGGAGGCUGAAACAUGGGUCCAGAGGCAUAAGUCAUGGUUAAAGAGCACAGAGAAUUGGCCCCAGGGUGGAGCUCGUGGAAUGUGUCUCACAGCAGAACAGCCCAGGGAACGGGGCCCCAUGGCGGAGGUUCCGGGGAACGGGGCCCCGCAGCAGAGGGUCCGGGGAAUGGGGCCCCACGGCGAAGGAUCCGGGGAACGGGGCCCCGCAGCAGAGGGUCCGGGGAAUGGGGCCCCACGGCGAAGGAUCCGGGGAACGGGGCCCCGCGGCGGAGGGUCUGGGGGAACGGGGCCCACGGCGGAGGGUCUGGGGGAACGGGGCCCACGGCGGAGGAUCGGGGGGAACAGGGCUGCACAGUGA